GGGAAGCGGGGCGGGGCUUAUAAAGUUCAGCUGAGAUCGUCUAAGUUCUCCAUCUUGGGCUCUGUCAUUCGGAGACUUGGCUUGGGUGAGCCUGUUCGGGUACCGGAGACGGAGGAAAGUCGCAGGACGGUCCGAGACAGGCUAUGGGGUUGGUAUCAUUUGAGGACGUAGCUGUGAACUUCACCAGGCAGGAGUGGCAAGAGCUUAACGCUGCCCAGAGAGCCCUCUACAGGGAUGUGAUGCUGGAGACCUACAGCAGCCUGGCGUUCCUGAAGCUCUGCGUAGCCAAGCCUAAGUUGAUCUUCAAUUUGGAACAUGGAUGUGGGCCGUGGGGCCGAGUGGAAGCUGCGGUGCGGAGCCACCCAGAUGUUAAUAAAGUAAGUGCCCUGAUUGACACCAGCAAGGAAAAUCCUGAGAUACAUUUGGGACAGCUUGAAAUAACUGACCAAGACAUGAUUAAAGGAAAACUAAAGACCCAACAGGAAGUCUACAAAGGGCCAAAAUUCCGUCAUGGUAGAGCACCCGUAAAAACACUUCGCCAAAAGUUAAAGAAAAGCAAGAGUCAUACAUCACACCGAGAUGGGAAACUCUAUGAAUGUAAGGACUGUGGGAAAACUUUCUGUAAUAACUCAACCCUUAUUAAGCAUCACAGAAGAACUCAUAAUGUAGAGAAGCGCUUUGAAUGUACUGUGUGUAGUAAAAUGUACCACUGGAAGUCAGACCUCACUGCUCACGAGAAGACUCACAACAAACUGGAAAGGACAUACGAAUGUAAAGAAUGUGGGAAAGCUUUCUUCCGUAAGUCUCAUCUCAAUGCUCAUGAAAGAACCCACACAGGUGAGAAGCCGCAUAAAUGUACGGAAUGCAUGAAAGCUUUCUAUUACAAGUCAGACCUGACUCGGCAUAAAAAAACGCACUUGGGUGAGAAGCCCUUUAAAUGUAAAGAGUGCAUGAAAGCUUUUUCUCGCAAGUCAAAGCUCGCCAUACAUCAGCAAACUCAUACAGGUGAGAAGCCUUAUGAAUGUACAGAAUGCAGGAAAACUUUCUCCCAUAAGUCACAGCUCACCGCACAUAAGAUAGCUCAUUCAUCCGAGAAUUUCUAUGAAUGUAAAGAAUGCAAUAAGGCUUUCCACUGGAAGUGCCAGCUCACAGCACAUCAGAAGAGGCAUGCGGGACGAAGCUUCCUGAGUGAAGAACAGAGAACACUGCCCGGAGAAGAGCAGGGCACUGUGUUCACAGACUCCUCAAGGGACUUAUCUGUCCUCAGAGGCUCCACAGAGAUGGUGUCAGGGAGCUCUUGGGAUUAAGAACUCUUGCUGUAUUUUGAGACAGGGUUUCUCCGUGUAGCCUGGCUGUCUUGGAACUUGCUCUGUAAAACAGGCUGGCCUCUAACUCAGAGAUCCUCCUGCCUCUGCCUCCCAGGCUCUUGCUUUAUAAUUGUGAUGAUUCUAGCACCUAUUUGACAAGUCAGCAACCCUACAAACACCUGUCAGCCCAGCUCUGAUGAUUGCAGAGACAGAGAUCAUUUGAGCUUGCUGAUUUCUAGCCUAGCUGGGCCAUGAGCCCCAAGUUCAUGAGAGGAACACAUGGGGAGUGAUGGAAGUGGUCACUCAAUGCACACUCUGGUUUCUGUGUGUGAGUUUGGGUAUAUGUCUAAACACACGUGUAAACAAAGGAGAGUGGUGGAAGGGAUCAUUGUGUAAAGAUGAAAGGUGUUUGUCACCAAGUCCAACAACCUAAGUGAUCCCUAGACCCUUCCUAUGGCACAGAGGCAGAUGGAAGUUGGCUCACAGCUUCUGCAGAUGGGUUAUAAAACAAAAACAAGCUGCACAGGUGCCAAAACACAAAAUACAGGUCAGGAAGUAGCUUGCUAUAUUCCUUUGCACAUUCAUCAGAGAUUCAUGCUAAAAAAAAAAAAAAAACCCUGUGAAUCUCGUCACUAUGGAUCAUAUCAGUAUUCAAAGAGUGCAUCUGGGAGUGGCUCGGUGGUGGUGUGCUUACCAAGGGUGUGUGUUUCCUGUCCUUUUAUAUUGACGCUUGUCCGGGUUAUCUGCCUUGUCAGUGUUUAUGCUCUUGAAUGUGUUGUUUGGAAAGACAACAUUAGCCAUGUGAAAAAUUGCAAUAAAUUGAUAAUGCAUUGUUGCACUCUUUCUGUAAAA